AUUAAGCAAUAAAUAGCCACAAUAACCGCCACCUCCGCCGCCGACGAUCCAGUAAACAUGUUGGCGAUGCCGACUCUCAUGAUGCCAGCCACAGCACAAAUGACGAUCAGCAGCCAACCCCUGUCGGUGGGUGCGCCGCACGCCAAGCCCUACGAGACCAAAUUGCUGACCAUUCAUCAAUCGCAUAUGCAGCAGUCGCAUCAUCAGAGCAGUGCUGCGGUUGCCGUUAGUAAACAACAACAACAACAGGCACAACAGGCUCAGCAAAUGUCAGCCAAUCAACAGGCUGUUGUGCAACAACAGCAGCAGCAGCAACAACAACAGGCCGCACAAGUAGCGCAUCAGCAACAACAAGCCGCUGUAGUGGCACAACAACAGCAGCAACAAGCUGCCGCCGCUGCUGUGGCUCAACAUCAUCAGCAGCAACAGGCUGCAGCCGCUGCUGCAGCAGCUGCUUGUGUGGCACAGCAACAGGCUUGCGUUGCAGUGCAACAACAGCARCAACAACAACAGCAGCAAUAUCAGAUACACUCGCAGCARCAGUCGCCGCAGCAGGUGCUGAGCAGCAGUUCGCCAAAGCAAGAACAAUUUCAUAUUUUCGUCGGCGAUUUGAGCUCAGAAAUCGAAACUCAGCAAUUACGUGAAGCUUUUACACCAUUCGGUGAAAUUUCUGAUUGCCGCGUCGUACGCGAUCCACAAACAUUGAAAUCUAAGGGUUAUGGAUUUGUGUCAUUUGUCAAAAAAUCGGAAGCCGAAAGCGCCAUUACAGCAAUGAAUGGACAAUGGCUGGGCUCGCGUUCGAUUCGAACGAAUUGGGCUACACGAAAACCGCCGGCGAGUAAAGAAAACAUUAAGCCAUUAACAUUCGACGAGGUCUACAUUCAAAGCAGCCCAUCAAAUUGCACCGUUUAUGUGGGUGGUGUCAACAGCGCCUUAACCGCGCUCAGCGAGGAAAUCCUACAGAAGACCUUCUCGCCGUACGGCUCGAUACAGGAGAUACGCGUCUUUAAGGAUAAGGGCUACGCAUUUGUGCGCUUUUCGACCAAGGAGGCCGCCACACAUGCAAUCGUCGGCGUGCAUAAUACGGAAAUCAAUGCGCAGCCUGUGAAGUGUUCGUGGGGCAAGGAGAGCGGUGAUCCGAAUAAUGCACAGACAAUCGCCAGUCAGGCGCUUAAUCCAGCUGCUGCCGCUGCAGCCGGCUUCCCGUAUAGUGUGGGUGCAGCAGCUGCGGCUGCCGCUGCCUAUGGACAACAGUUGGCCGCCACCGGUUGCUGGUAUUCGCCAACGCCAACAUAUUCCGCUUCGUCGACCACAGCGGCUGUAACACCGGCUGCUGCUGCCUCCGCUGCCGCGGUGCAGAAUCAAUUCUUGCAAGGCAUUCAGGGAUAUCAUUUCGGACAGUAUGGUGGCUAUCAGCAAGGAUAUAUGGGCAUGGGUGUACAGAUUCCCGCCACUUGGCAAGGCGUUGCCACUCAAGCGCAAAUCUCACCUGCACAACAGUUGGCGACGGGCGUACCUGGUGCUGGGAUACCGCAAGCUGCCGGCGUCGUCGCCUAUCCGAUUCAGCAAUUUCAAGUGAGCCCACAGUUGCCAGAAGAUGAAUGGUUAGCAGCAAAUUUAAUCUGUUAGUUAUAAGUGGCGUAAUGUUGUAAUUAUAUAGAGAUAUGCAUUCAAAAAAUACUUUAUGUAUAUGUAACUAACUAUACAUAACAUAUUUUAUUAAUAUGUAGGGGAUGUGUUGCCGAAAGUGUAUAAUUGAUAUGUAUGCGCAUAUAAAUAUUAUUGGCUAGCAAAUAAAUAACUGAUACUUAAAGGCACAAACUCAUACUAAAAUGAUGCGAGUGGAAAAAUAGUUGAAAACACAACAAAUUUAGUUGGACAACUGCUAAACCAAGCAAGGCAUAUACAUGCAGGAUAUGGAAUCUGGAUCUAUUUAAUCAAGGUUUUAAUAUUCAAGUUUCGCCUAUUUUGAGUUAUGACGGGCGCUUUUUUAAAUAGGUAAAAAAUAUACAUAUAUUGACAUUUCUUAAUACUAUAUAGUUUUUUAUAAGUUGCUUAUUGGCCGAAGAUUCGGUUAAAUUCUGGGCAAAUAGCUCUUACGGUGCAGUACAGAGUACAAGCUAACUAUAAUGUUAUCGAUUUUCGAAAUAUUUCCAAUUAA